AUGCAUCCAGGUGGCUCGCAAGAUGGCUUAACAGCUGCUGGAAGAGGUGGACAUAGUCAAAGUGGAGCUCAACAAACGGGUAAUAGUGAAGGAGUUACUGGCAAUACCGGUGGUAACAAUAAUGGCACAACUGGUGGAAGUGGAGGAGACGGUGGUGACAGACGAAAAAAUACUGAUGAUCAUGGUAAUGAUGAUGCAGAAGUGCUUGAGGUAGCAUCCGAAACAACAACAACAACUUCUUCCAGUGUUGAUUCCAGUCUUGGUUCUACUGUUAAUCUACCGACAGCAAAAGAUCCUUCUCCAAUUCCUGAAUCUACAUCAAAUAUUGAAUCUCGAGUUUCAUCUACUGUACUUACUAGCCAGCCUCGCGGUCGUUCAGAUAGUAGCGGUGGCAAUAGCCCAGUAGGACCUUUACCGUCUGUGGUUACUCCCUCUUUCCGUUCUCGAACGAAAGCUGUAGAAUCUGAUAUAUCAGUAACGGUACUUCCUGUAGAACAUUUGUCUCGGGCUUCACCUGGCAGCAGUCUAACAACUACAAGUUCAAGCUCUGGCCCUUCAUUGGGGGCAGCGGCAACAAUUGCUCACUCUUUACGAGAACUUGUAGAAGUCUCUACAGCUGCACCUGAAGAUAGCGAACAGGAAGGAGGCAAUGAAGGACAUUCCGAGAAACACCAAGCAAUUUCACAAGUUAUAGAAAAAUCAAAAGCUGCAAGUCACGAAGCCAAAGAUCCUUCAUGUCGAGUAGGCUCCUAUGAAAGUAGUGACGGAAGUCAAGGAUCAGAAGACGUUCAACGACUAUCAAAUAGAUCGGCGAUGCCAUUGCAGAGUAGCUCCAGUAGUGGCUCGGGCAGUAGUGUAUAUCCUGAAAGUAGCCUUUCCUCCUCAGGAAAAAGUGAAACUGAACUAUCGGCUGGUAAAGCAAAUACUUCCAGUUCGACUGGUGAAACAGCGAGUACACACACUACUGCUUCAGGCCCUGAAGCUACUUCACAAACUGAACCCCCGCCAACAGCAGGUGAAUUUGCAACCCCGAAAACUCUCGGAUCUUUGACAGCAAAAAAUUCCAGUAGUUCUAGCAGCAGCGCCGGUCAGGUAAAGGAAAGAUAUUCAAUGGAGGGGGUUAUCACUAUAGACCCAACAGAGACCGAGAAAUCUAUAAAUUUAAUAGCAAAGGAUGAAGUCGAAGUACAUGGUACUCCGGAAGGUAUUGAAUGUCUACAGUUGUCUAAGGAAUCAAUAUUAGUGCAGGAGAGCUUACUUGAAAGCCUUAAAAUGGUACCUGGUUCAGCUGAAGAUAUUCUUCGAGGUACACCUCGAAUUGAUCCUAGCUCGCCUACUGCGGAUCAAGAAGGUGGCGAUGUUGAUCCUAUGGCAAGUCAGGAUAUGUUCUCUUCUAAUACACCAGCAGAAACCCGUGAGAUAAAACCCGAAUUGCGACGUCGAUCAGAUGAUGCCCAAUCGCAAGAAGAUCUAGAUGCCCUAGUGAAACGUCAGAAAGCCUGGCAGAUAGAACAAGGAAAUAACGUUAUUGAUUCCGGAACAUCAGCUAGCAAUAGUAGUAUCGUGGAAACGAAAGUUUCAGAACCCUCAAAUACCGUUAACAAAGAGUUAGGAAGAGAACAACAAGAAUGGCAGUCUUUAUCAUUCAUAGACGCUCAGCCUGCUUAUACAUCGGAUGGAGGUGAAUCAUCCAAGACGAAUAUCAGUGAAAGAACAAGUAAAAGUAGCAAGAAAUCAUCUAAGGAUGUUUUUCAACCAACGAUAAAGAAGGUUUCCAAAUCAGAUUCCACGGCAGCUGACAUUGCUAACCCUUAUACAUUUGCGUCUCAAACCUCAAUUUCUUUACAUUUAACUCAAUCCCAAGACGUUGCGCCAUCUGUGGAGAGUUCCGAGAAUCGACCACAAACAUCGUUAUCAGCGGAUGAAAGCAAGUUACAUACUAAAGAUAUCAAAGUAAAUACAAGUCAGCCGCCGGAAAAGGAGUCAGUACCAAUCCGUAAAAUCUCAAUUUUACAAUCUCAGCCCAGUGAACAGUCGCAAAGUCAACCUCUUUUUCAGUUGGGACAGAUAUUACCGACGAGUAAAUCAGUGGCUGCUAGUAAUUUAGCGGAACCUUUGACUGAAAAGGCAGUUGUAGGAGAAUUAGAUAGUGAUUCUCAUCAAUCUUCUGGAAUAAUUGGGAAUACCGCAGAUCCUGAACAUCAACAAUCAUUUAGUAUUGUAGCAAAAGAAUCUCAACCUCAUGUGGAUGUUGGCAAUGCUGCAGCAUUGAUGCAUGAUAGCCAUAAAAACCUUGCAACCACCGAGGCGGCCGCUCCUUGUCCUAUUGUUACAACUACAGUGGAUUCACAUCUAAUAACAACUGCAGCAAUAACUGUUACAACAUCAACGGUAUCAGCUUCUUUCGACGAUUCAGCUCCUACUGAUCUUACGAACGUUAAAAGUGUUGUUGAGAAAGUUGUGAAAGAAGAUUCUUCUGGAUCAAGCACUAACUUUCAAUUUGCUUUACCAACCACGGGCACAAUAUUUCGAUCUGGUGCUACUAAAAUAGCAGAAAAAGCCCCACAUGAAGUGUCGACUUCAUCAAUAACAAAGGAAGCCAUGGCCAUUGGCAAGCCUAUAGCCAGGCAAAGUGAUGCAUCCGCUACAAUGAGAGAAUCAGCUUCAGUUGAUAGCGAGAAAUUUCCGGCAUCUAUAUCGAAAGGCGACGAUCCAUUUGAAUUUCAAGGUAGCAGUGAAGACACCACUUUCAGACACUUUGACCAACCCGCUGAUAAUUUAUCAAAGAAAUUUGAGUCGCAGGAUAUUACUCUUUCUAUGGAAGAGGUUUGGCUUAAGGAGGUAAAUUGUCAAACCAGUUCUGCUCAAACGAAUACACCCAGUAAAUCAGAAUCCAUGAAUACGUCGACAGCUAAGGCUUCAUUUUCGAAAACUCCUUCUUCCUUGACUUCUGCAAGUACAAUAAUUUUAGGAAAUUCGACAGAUAAUAGUUUUGCAUCUUCAACAAAUGAUAAAUCUAAAAAUCGGAGAAAAUCGUCAAGCCGUCGGCUGCAGUGGGCAGUAAAACCCUCUUUGGAUCCGACGUCUGCUUCAAAGAAAGGUUCUUUAUCAAGUAAGCGCUCAAAAUCUGAUACUUCUGCUGUGAUUACGUCGACCCCUGAGCAUGCAAGUAAGUCCGUUACUCCGUCAAGAUCCCUUGGUAUAUCGCCGACUGAUUCUUCAAUAACGAUUGGUAAUCGUGUCUUCGCCAGGUGGAGCCUGUCCGAUAGUCAUUACUAUCCUGGACGGGUUGUACGUGGCGAUCGUAGCAAUAGCAGAUACACUAUUGCCUUUGACGAUGGAACAAAAUCAACAAUAUCAAGUAAACACAUAGUUGUAAAGGAGAAUCUUGCAAUUGGUCAAGCAGUAUUAUGCCAGGCGGAAGAAAACUAUUUUGAUCCCGGAACGAUCAUUAAUUACGAGGAUCAAGACGGCUCAAUUUAUUACCAUGUGAGACUAGAUGGAAGUGGCAAAGUGUUGAGAUUUCUGCGUAAGGAGAUUAUUUUGACUGAAAGUCAGGCCCAAUCAAUAAGGAGCAGUAGUAGUUCCGCUGCGACUACAUCCUUAUCAGACGCUAGUCCUAGCUUCUCUGGAGCACGGGAUUCUAGCAAAGAUAGUAGUAGUGUCACUAGAACAAGCAGUUCCGGAAGUAGAGGUAGCAGAACUAGCGUCCACAAAGAAAUUGUUGGCAUAGAUAAAAAUAGCUCAAUAGAAUCCAUGAGAGACGAAAUACCCCCACCAGCCAAAGCAGUUUCUCCCGCAAAAACCGCUUCUAGAAAGAGAAAAGCUAUUCCUAUCGAAAAGAAAUCACCAUCGCCAAAGAUGUCACCAAUAUCGUCGUCGAGAGAAGCAAGUCCAUUGCAAGAUAUAUCUGCCAAGAAGAGUAAAGUAGAUACGGAUACUACCGAAAAAGGACCAAUCCUUCAAAACAGUACAAUGUUUGAGGGCCUUGUUUUUAUUUUAACACGAAGAGAACGACAUAGCGAUGAAUCUUUUGUUGCAUCAUCUGAAGAGCUAACUCCAACUUAUGAUAAAGAACAUGUUAAAAAACAAAUUGAAGCAGCUGGUGGACAAGUACUGUCUUCUAUUGAAAAGAGUCAGAUCACUGUAGCGUUGCAAUGUUUUCUCAUCUCUAAUGAAUAUUGCCGAACAACAAAAUAUAUCCAAGCCUUAGCGGCUGGACUUCCAUGUGUUCGUCAUACUUGGAUAAUAGACUGCUGUCAACGGGACACAUGCGCUGGUAUUCUGAUGUGGGCUGGCUGCACAGAAGUCAAACGAUUGCCUUCUCGACCGGCAAAUUUUGUUGAUAAAGAUAUUAAAGCAUGUGAUGUAAUUAUCACCGAAGAUAGUGGAGUUAUGGAUGCCAACACGAAUAGAAAGGCAAAUGUAUGGGGUAUUCCAAUUAUCACUUUUGAGUGGGUUAUACAGUCAUUAAUACACGGAUAUAGACUGCCUUUUGAUGCUCACGAAAAAUUUCGUGCAUGA